GAUGUACUCACGUGUGCUGAGUAGUUUUUAUAUAAAGAUUCCUUUAACUAUGUUUGCGAUGAAAAAAUUGUUUAUAGCCACACAGUGCUGUCGGCUUAUACACAAUUCUACUGUGUUACAAGGACUAGCUGCCACAGGCGUGAAAAGUAACCUUGCCAAACUACGUAAGAAAACUGGAUUCUCAUUUGCAAAUUGUAAAAAAGCACUUAAUAAAUUUGAAAAUAAUUUAGAACAGGCAGAAUCUUGGUUGAAAGAACAAGCACAAAAAGAAGGUUGGGCUAAAGCUACUAAGUUACAAGGUAGAAAAACUGCUCAAGGAGUGAUUGGUGUACUAUGUCAGCAGAAUUCAGCAGCUGUUGUGGAGGUUAAUUGUGAAACAGACUUUGUUGCAAAGAACACCAAGUUUCAAAAUUUUGUUAGUCAAGUUGCCAUGGCUACAAUACAUCAAAACAAACAUUUAAAUGCUGACAAUUCUAAUCAUAUAAAGACAAAUAUUUCAGGUGAAGAAUUAUCCAAUAUUACGACAGAGGAUAGUAAAAGUUUACAAGAAUUAUUGGUGUUAACAAUUGGUCAACUUGGUGAAAAUGCCAGCAUUAGAAGAGGUGUGUUCCUAUCUGUACCAAGUGAUGUUCACAUUGGCAGCUAUGUCCAUUCAACACUAGAGGGUCAACCAGCUGGUAAAAAUAAAUGUGCAUUUGGUAAAUAUGGCGCUGUGGUUGCGUUCAAGAGAACCCUUGAUAUAGGUGCACCGUUUAAUGUUUCGGAGUUUGGACGUCGUCUCGGUCAGCAUGUAGUAGGUAUGAGUCCUACGUCUAUUGGUACAGCUAAGCCUGUUGAGGAACUCAAGCCAGUUUCAGAAACGAAGCCAGUCGAAGAAACAAAGAAGUCAGAUGAAGAGGAUGGUGAAGAUGAGGAAUCUACUCCAAGUCAAAGUUGGACAAUUGAUGAAACUGAGAUGUUGAAACAAGAAUUUUUAUUAGAUCCUUCUAUUACAGUAGCUGAACUGUUACAGCAAGAGGGCGUUCAAGUCUUAGAUUUUAUACGCUAUGAAUGUGGAGAAGAAAUACUAUAGAUCAAGAAUAUCAGUGUGCGCUAUGAUGGUCACCAGUCACCAGUACUGAGUUGAACCCAGUCACAAGUACUAAGCCCAACACAGUCACAAGUACUAAGCCCAACUCUGCUGCCAGUACUGAGCCCAACCCAGUCACCAGUACUGAACCUCACUGCUGUUAUAUGUCUAUUUACCAAUUACAUCAGAGGGACAUAAUGAUUAAUUUUGAUAAGAAGGAGCUGGUUAAUGCUACAUGGUAGUCUGUUUAGUAGUAUUGUUUGUUUUAAUAGUUUUUAAUUCUGUGGCCACUAUAUUCUAUUUAUCGUGCGAUCAAGCCAUACAGAUGUACACCGCAAUAAAGAAAGACUUUGUCUGAA